AUCCUUCGAAUAAAUAGCUGUAUUUGCGAAAUCUUGAAGUGUGAACCAUUCGUGAUACAUGGUGCGGCUUCGUUCGUGCCAAAAACGAAAGCCUUUUCGAUUCCAAAAACAUGUUCGCCCUUUCCCUUUCAGCUCUCUAGGCUUACAAAUUAGCAGUGACGGAUCCUUGUCCUUUCCACGGAGUACUUUGGAUUUAGAACCCUUGCAUCAAAAUAUCCUGUCCAAAGUCUUUCCAGAUCUGAAUCAUAACCCCAUAAACCAAUAACCGAAAACGCAAAAAUUAAGGAAGAUGGUAGGUUUUAGUUUGCAGCCUGUAUUAGACUUGCUGGUUGCUGGGAUUUCUUUGGUUAUUGGGAUGGGGAUUUUCGCCUUCAUUGCCUCCAUUCUUUGCUCUGCUGCUUUAUUGCAGAAUGCCCGGCUCGUCCAUUAA